CCGCUCUGAUUUGUUUUAUUUUUUUUGAGUCAGCUGAUAGCUGACGCUUCUGACUUCUGUGUUCGAGGUGAAAGCAACAUCCGCACGACACCGAAUUUACUGGUUGAGAUCGAAGCUCAGUGAAGGGAAAUCAAAGCUGUGUAAAGGAAAUAACAGUAACCAUGGCUCCAACAUUGUAUGAUAAGAAGCCGGAGCCAGGGGAUCUGAUAGAGAUAUUCAGAGGGAACUACCAGCACUGGGCUUUGUACGUUGGUGACGGCUUUGUUGUUCACCUGGCCCCACCCUCCGAGGGACCUGGGGCCAGGGCCAACAGCAUGAUGUCUGUGCUCAGUGACCAGGCUAAGGUGAAGAAGGAAGAGAUCUGGGACGUGGUGGGACAUGAUCAGUGGUGCGUAAACAACCAGCUGGAUGAGAAGUACCAGGUCAGACCCAUACAUGAGAUACUGAGGGAAGCCCAGGCCUAUGUGGACCAGGAGAUGCCCUACUGUGUCUUCAGGGGAAACUGUGAGCACUUUGUCACAGAGCUGAGAUAUGGGAAGGCUGAGUCUCGACAGGUUCGUCAGGCUGUGGGAAUGGCCACACUGGUGGGCUUCGGAAUCCUUGCCUUUGUAGGUAUUGCGGCCAUCUUUGGAGGUGGAAGCAAGAAGAAGAAUGAAGAAAAAGAAGAAUAUAAGUGACCAACUGUAUAAUAGCUUCCUGAGCAGCCAGUCACCAAUAAGCCUAAUAGAUUAUUAUUUUAACUACUGUACUGCCAUCGUCACUUGUAUAAUUCUGGGGCUUUCAGAAGAAAGGGUUGAGUAUUUCCAUAAUAUUUUUAUUUUUUACAGUUAAACAGACAUGAAUUGAAAGCACAAAAGGAGGAAAAGUGUCUGGUUAUAAUUCCAAGGUAUACAGCCUUGGAGGGGCCAUAACCUUGCAGGCUGCUAGACUAAGCUAGCUGUUUAAAAAAUGUUGACCGUUACUUAUAAGCUAUGAAGUUUCUACUAAAGUUUUAACAUAUUUAUGUAGAUUUUCUUUUUAAUGGUAUAAAAUGGUAUUCCACUGAAGUUCUAAUGUUUCUAUCAUGAAGCAAAUUGUCUAAAGGACCCAGGGCUUUCGAGUGGCACAGCAUCUCAGUGUUAGAGACAUCACUACAAACCCUGGUUCGAUUCCAGGCUGUAUCAUAACCGGCGCACAAUUGGCCUAGCGUCGUUAGGGUUUGGCUAAAUAAUAUUUUUUUCUUAACUGACUUGCCUAGUUAAAUAAAAAAAAUUAAAGGACCCACAGAACUACUCCUGGUUAGGGUUGAAGUGGAUACAUCUAAUGCUGCUUGUAUCGCUUCGUAAUGACUGACAGCAUUAUGAACAGGUGCAUCAAAGCAGUGACCAAGAGACUGAAAAACAGCUAUAUCAAGUCCAUCAGACUGUUAAAUAGCCAUCAGUAGCACCUUAGAAGCUGCUGCCCUAUAAAUGGUUUAAUUUGGAAGUUUACAUACACCUUAGCCAAAUACAUUUCCACAAUUCCUGACAUUUAAUCCAAUUAAAAAUUCCCUAUCUUAGGUCAGUUAGGAUCACCACUUUAUUUUAAGAACAUGAAAUGUCAGAAUAAUAGUAGAUGCUUUUAUUUCUUUCAUCACAUUCCCAGUGGGCCAGAAGUUUACAUACACUCUUUCUGAGGUCUUGGCUGAUUUCUUUUGAUUGUCCCAUAAUGUCAAGCAAAGAGACACUGAGUUUGAAGGAAGGCCUUGAAAUACAUCCACAGGUACACCUCCAAUUGACUCAAAGGAUGUCAAUUAGCCUAUCAGCAGCUUCUAAAGCCAUGACAUCAUUUUCUGGAACUUUCCAAGCUGUUUAAAGACACAGUCAACUUAAUGUAUGUGAACUGUCCCACUGGAAUUGUGAUACAGUCAAUUAUAAGUGAAAUGAUCUGUCUGUAAACAAUUGUUGGAAAAAUGACUGCAUGCACAAAGUAGAUGUCCUAACCGACUUGCCAAAACUAUAGUGUGUUAACAAGAAAUUUGUGGAGUGGUUGAAAAACUAGUUUUAAUGAUUCCAAUCUAAGUGUAGGUAAAUUUCCGACUUCAACUGUACAUAGACUUGAAAUCGCUGUCCACUUUAAUAAUGGAACACUGGUCACUUUAAUAAUGUCACAUAUUUUGCAUUACUCAUCUCAUGUGUGUACUGUAUUCUAUUCUAUUACACUGUAUCUUAGUCUAUUCCUCUCCGACAUUGCUCGUGAAAUAUUUAUAUAUUCUUAAUUCCAUUCCUUUACUUUGGAUUUGUGUCCAUUGUGAGUAUUGUUGUUAGAUGUUACUCCACUGUUGCAGCUAGAAACAAUAGCAUUUUGCUACACCCGCAAUAACAUCUGAUAAACACGAGUAUGUGACCAAUAAAAUUUGAUUUGAACAAA